AUGGCUAUUCUCUUCUGUUUUCUUCCAAAAUACCCAAAUCAUUUCCCAUUAAUCAGCAGCAUCUCGAACACUUGUUCACCAUUAUUAUUUCCCAAUCCCAGAAUUCAUUUUUAUUGUUCUUCAAAUAAACUGUUAAAUUUCACAGGCAAAUCUUAUCGGAUCACUACUCGAGGCGGGUUUAUUGACGAAGACGAAGAAGAUGAAUGCUAUAGCUUUCGAGAAGCUAUUGCACUGUUUAACGGUAGGGAGUAUUACAAGUGCCAUGACGUUCUCGAAUCCCUUUGGAACAAAUCCCAGGAGCCCAUACGUACUCUUUUGCAUGCUAUUCUGCAAUGUGCUGUGGGUUUCCAUCACCUCUUCAAUCAGAAUCAUAAAGGAGCAAUGAUGGAAUUAGGAGAGGGAGUGUGUAAAUUAAGGAAAAUGAACUUUGAAAGUGGACCCUUCCAUCAAUUUGAGAAAGAAAUUUCAGCAGUCUUGGAAUUUAUUUACCAGACUCAAUUAGAGCAUGCAGCCUGCACAGAGGAACUUUGUCUUGCAAUGGAUCAAUCUGAGAGAUCAUACCAACUUCUUGGAGGGUUUGCAGCAGGACAGAACAUCUAUAGUCUGGACCAAAAUGAAUACAUUGUAUUCUGCACUGAAAGGUAUCAUGGGAGAAGUGAGCAACCUAGGAUCAAAAUCCCUGUUCUUAAAGCAUCUGAAGAACAUUUUAUGGAGUUAGAAUAUAACUAG